AUGGACACAGCUCCCUGCCCCAAGCCUGGGCAGGGAGAGGUCCAAACAGCCCCUUCAGCCCCCCCAGAACAGCCCUCAUGCCCAGCUCUGUUCUCUCUACAGAUCGAAUUCACGGCAGAGCAGAUCGAAGAGUUCAAAGAAGCCUUUGGGCUGUUUGACCGGACACCCUCGGGGAUGAUGCAGAUCACCUACGCUCAGUGUGGGGAUGUGCUCCGGGCGCUCGGCCACAAUCCCACCAACGCAGAGGUCCUGAAGGUGCUGGGCAAGCCCAAACCAGAAGAGAUGAACACGAAGCUGUUGGACUUUGAGACCUUCCUGCCCAUCCUGCAGCACUUCACCCGCCACAAGGAGCAGAGCACCUUCGAGGACUUUGUGGAAGGGCUGAGGGUGUUUGACAAGGAGGGCAAUGGGAUGGUGAUGGGCGCAGAGCUGCGUCACGUGCUGGUCACGCUGGGGGAGAAGAUGACAGAAAGUGAGGUGGAACAGCUCAUGGCAGGGCAGGAAGAUGCCAAUGGCUGUAUCAACUAUGAAGCUUUUGUCAAGCACAUCAUGUCUGGCUGAAAGGAGAAACUUCAGGUGAGUUCAUUGAGGUCUCCUGCUGCUUCCUCUGAAGUUGGAAAUCCUGCACAUAACAUCCAGGGACAGAGGGACCAAACCCCAAACCUGCAGUGGACUAAAGCAAUGGGGAUGGUCCCAGCUCUGAAGGCACAAAACACUGUGUGGAUGAUCAGGAAUCUCAUUUGAAGUCCUG